AUGGUCUGGCGCUUCGGGCUUGCGUUUGAGACGAGUGGUGACUUUCAGUUGGACAUCGUCGGUUUCCUGGCCAUCCUCGGAGAGGGCUCCGUCGAGACUAUUGCACAAGUCGUGACACUGAGCAACCUUGCAUACCUACCUCGAUUACUCCCGGCACCUCAGAUCUUCAUCCGACCCACGCGACCCGAGAAGUUGGAGACGACAUCUAACGCCAAAGUCAUAGGAGUGCACUCGGGAAACACAGGAGAAGAUAUACACCACAUUGCACAUGCCCUCCAUCGCGGUGACAAAUUGCCGCCGAACCGUGUCCUAUGCGUUCGGGUGAUGGAGAACGAGAAUGAUCGUCCAUCUAUCAAGAGAUUUGGGCCGCUGGCCAUGCUGGCGUUCUUUGGCUUUACUUUGAGCAUCGCUCUACUGGUUCUGUCUGUGGUGUUUCGUGACUCGAUGUCACUCAUUGCGACGCUGCUACUGUCGCUUCUGAGCACCAACACUGGCAUCGCCAACAAGUGGUCGCCUACACCGAACGACCCCAAGCCCGAUCCGCACUCCCCAGAAGGCGAUGUGGUGAUCAAGUACCCACAAGGCGCCUUCAUCGUCGUCAAGUGCCAGGAAAGGACGGCCCGCUAUCUUUACUUCAAUCCGAGCGAGCGGUGCAUCUACCACGUCAAGAGCACUGCGAUCUACCGAGGGCUCUCACUGAUCUCGACAUUGUUUCUGAUGGGCGGUGUCAUCUGCCUUGCCAACGCCAAGAUCCAGCUCCAGACCGCUUUCGCUGCGUCGUACAUGUCCAUUAACAUCGUCUAUUGGAUCGUGGCUGCUCUGCCACCGGCAAGCCACUGGGAUUUAUCCAGGCUGGAGGUCACGCAGAUCGAAGUCAAGGGUGGAGCUCCGCCACGGACGGCAGUCGUGGCCAACGUGCCACCCACCUACACCGAGGCACUCUGGAAGGCGAUCGCUGUGACUGGAACAAGCAAUUGGGUGAAGGAAGCGGGUUGGGCGCCAAGGACACCCGCAUGGAACGACUGGCUGGAUGAAGCCGAGGAAGCAGCUGUGAGCGAGCCGAUGAAGGAGACAUUCGUCAAGGGACCGGACGGUCAUGAAGUCGAGACCUGGACUAUCAGGAAUUGGGACAGCAAAAACGCUCUGUCAACAUUGCUUCGGAGCACGACUGAUAAGAUCCAGAGGACUGGGACUUUCAAGACUGGCUAUGCAUGA